CCCGUUAAUCUGGGCAUGUCCCAGAUGAGCGUCCACAGUGAUGAGUGCCGUCACUUUCUCUGUGUCUGUGCUGUGCCUGCUGCCUCAGGCAGUUCUGGCUCGUUGGGCCUGUGUCCGGGCCUGUCCACCGUCCUGCUCCUGCACUCAGGAGAAGAGCUGCAGUGUCCUGUGUGAUCGCGCUGGUCUUACCGAGCUGCCCAAAGAGUUUCCCUGUGAGGCGUCCUCCAUCAACCUGGACAAGAACCAGCUCAAGUUCCUGUCAGAAAGGGCCUUUGGUACACUGCCGUCUCUCAGGUCUCUGUCCCUGGACCACAACAACAUCUCCUUCAUUACCCCGGGAGCCUUUAAGGGUCUGCCCAACCUGGUGGAGCUGAAAUUGGCUCACAACGAAUACAUCAGCUACCUUCACACACGCACCUUCACGGGGUUGAAGAAGCUGGUGCGCCUUGACCUGUCAGACUGCCGACUCUUCACCAUCCCAGACCGGCUCUUCGUCGAGCAAAUCGCACUGAAAGAACUCAUCUGCUUCCAAAACUACUUCCGCAGAAUCCCUGGAACCAUCCGAGGCAUGGAGAACUUGACACACCUGUACCUGGAGAAGAACAAAAUCGAGGCGGUGGCCUACAACUCCCUACUGGGCCUGAACAGCCUCAGGUAUCUGAACCUUCAAGAGAACAACAUCAAUGUGAUCCACAACCAGGCCUUCCAAGACCUCGUGCACUUGGAGAACUUCUACCUUAAUGACAACCUGCUGUCCUUCUUGCCCCAGAUCACCUUCAAAGGCCUCAACCGCCUCAAGAUGCUGAACCUGGGAGGAAAUCGGUUGACAAAUGUGUCCAGAACCUGGUUUGGUGACCUCUUGGAGCUAGAGGUCUUGUACCUGGACCGGAACCAGCUGGUGUACAUUGAGGAUGGUUCCUUUGAGAACCUGACCAGCCUAAUCACGCUCCAUCUGAACAGUAACAACCUCACCACCCUUCCUUUCCCUGUUUUCCAGCCCAUUUAUUUCCUGGGACGCCUCUUCCUCUUCAGAAACCCCUGGGAGUGCGACUGUGCCCUCGAGUGGCUGAAGGAGUGGAUGGAAAACUACAACCUGGUGCGGGACAUCCCCUGUGCCUCACCUUCAUCGGUGGCAGGUCUGGAUCUCAGCAAAGUGGUCUUCGCUAGGGUGAACGGGACCUGUGUGGACCCCGCGGAGCUGAACAUGACCACGGCGUCGCUGCAGGUCGUCUCCACCACAGAGAACAGAUUCAAGAGCCUGAUCUCCAAACUGCUGCAGCAGGAGCUCCGGGAAGAGCUCGGGAACAGGACCGAGAGCCUCCGCAACUCAACGCUGCUGCAACCGGACGACUGGCAGCUCUCAACGGGGGUCCGAGGGCAGGAAGCGCCGCUCCGCCAGUCACUUCUCUGCAUUCUUCUCCUCUUCAGUUUGAUCAGCCAAUCAGAAAUGGGCAUCUGUGUUUCGUGAGUGAUGAAAGCAGGAGCUCCGCUUGCCAAAAUCAGGUUUUUUUUUAGUUUGUGAUUGCGGUGAACGUCAUGUCACAGCAGGAUUCUU